CCUUCCCUAAAACCCUCUAGAGAACCCCUAAACGCUAAAACCCACAAAAUCACUCAGAUUCCGCCUCUCACUGAGUUAAGAGUGAGGUUUUAGAUUUGCAUUUUAAAAUCAAUGGCUUCGGUGGCUCUUAGAAACCCUAACUCCAAGCGAAUCGUACCGUUUACUUCUGAAAUCUACUCGUGUUGUCGCGGCUCUGUCACAAUCUCUGACACUCUCUCUCGGAAUGACAGACCUUCGGCCCCCACCGCCGUUAUGCCAUGGUGGAGAUCGAUGGCUACUUUCACCCGCACUAAGCCUCACGUAAAUGUUGGAACAAUUGGACAUGUUGAUCACGGGAAAACCACACUGACUGCAGCUAUUACAAAGGUGUUAGCAGAGGAAGGGAAAGCAAAAGCUGUUGCCUUUGAUGAAAUUGACAAGGCUCCUGAAGAGAGAAAGAGAGGAAUUACAAUUGCAACGGCUCAUGUAGAGUAUGAGACUGCCAAGCGUCACUAUGCACACGUUGACUGCCCAGGACAUGCAGAUUAUGUUAAAAACAUGAUUACUGGAGCUGCACAAAUGGAUGGUGGUAUUCUGGUUGUUUCUGCUCCUGAUGGACCAAUGCCUCAGACUAAGGAACAUAUUCUGCUUGCACGUCAGGUUGGCGUGCCCUCACUUGUGUGCUUUCUGAACAAAGUCGAUGCUGUUGAUGAUCCUGAGUUGUUAGAGCUUGUGGAAAUGGAGCUCCGAGAACUUCUUAGUUUCUACAAGUUUCCUGGGGAUGAUAUACCUAUCAUCAGGGGAUCAGCUUUGUCAGCUUUACAGGGUACAAAUGAUGAAAUAGGCAGAAAGGCUAUUUUGAAAUUAAUGGAUUCUGUGGAUGAAUACAUUCCUGACCCUGUGCGCCAACUUGACAAGCCUUUCUUGAUGCCCAUUGAAGAUGUCUUCUCAAUUCAGGGACGUGGAACGGUUACAACUGGUCGUGUUGAACAAGGAACCAUAAAAGUUGGUGAAGAAGUUGAGGUUUUGGGGCUAACGCAGGGUGCUCCUUUGAAAACUACUGUAACUGGUGUAGAGAUGUUCAAGAAAAUUUUGGAUCACGGGCAAGCUGGUGACAAUGUUGGUCUUCUUUUGCGUGGUCUAAAACGAGAUGAUGUGCAGCGAGGACAAGUGAUUGCCAAGCCAGGAUCUGUAAAGACAUACAAGAAGUUUGAGGCUGAGAUAUAUGUCCUCACAAAGGAUGAAGGUGGACGCCAUACUGCCUUUUUCUCAAACUAUAGGCCACAGUUUUAUUUGAGGACUGCGGAUAUAACUGGAAAAGUAGAAUUACCUGAAAAUGUUAAGAUGGUUAUGCCUGGGGACAAUGUGACUGCAGUUUUUGAGUUGAUAUUGCCAGUGCCUCUUGAAGCAGGACAAAGAUUUGCCUUGAGAGAGGGUGGCAGAACGGUUGGUGCAGGUGUAGUGUCAAAAGUUAUGAGCUGAGUUGAUGUGGUUGUUUUCAUGGAAACACAUGCUUAAUACCAUGAGGAUAUUUACAUUUGAUGCUAUUUUCUAGGAAUUGUUUAUUAGAUUUUCAAUGAUUUGAAAUUGAGAAAGUCAAAGCGAAAGCGUAUCAUAAUUUUCAAUCUUGGCCUCCACUCCACAUGGUUUUGAAUCCAUUUGAGACAUUACUUAUGUUGUGAUAUUGAAAUAAUACUCAUGUUAGACGUUGUACAUGCCGAUGGAGUUAACCAUUUGUGCUUAGCAUGGAGAUCGGCACAAUAAGAAUAGUUAUGUUUCCUUUUAGGCAUGUCCAUUUUUGUUGAAGAGUGAA